AUGUUCCGAGCUGCGACCUUCAUGAGGAAAAAUGAUUUUCAAGGAGCCCUUGCAGAAAUUAACCGCGUUCUUAGAUUUAAACUAGCACUGGAGUGUUUGGAACUACGUUUUUGUUUCUAUCUCGCACUUGAACGCUAUCAAUCAGCGACAUGUGAUGUUCAGGCAAUUCUUACACUUUAUCCAGAUUACCGGAUGUUUGAUGGACGGGUUGCAGCAUCUAAACUUCAUACUCUUGUGCACGAGCAUGCUGAGAAUCGGACGACAGCCGAUUGUUGGCUGCAGCUAUAUGAAAGAUGGUCUUCAGUUGAUGAUAUUGGGUCGUUGUCUGUAAUAUAUCAGAUGCUCGAGUCUGAUGCAACCAAGGGGGUGCUAUACUUCAGACAGUCUUUACUACUGCUCAGGUAUGGGUUCCUACUUCCUGAGAAUAAAGCAUGUCAAGAUCCUUUAAGUGCAUCAGGUGCCAUUCUACAGCAGUUUGAUAUCCUUCCUGAAAUGUACCAAACUUCUUCUUCUUCUUCUUCUUCUUCUUCUCCUCUUCAUCCUCCUUCUUCUCCUGCUGCUCCUCCUCCUCCUCCCCUCCUCCCCUGCUCCUGCUGCUUGUGCUUCUCCUCCUGCUCCUGCUCCUUCUCCUCCUUCUGCUACUCCUGCUCCUGCUCCUGCUCCUAUUCUUCUUCUCUCUUUUCCCUUCUCCCUUCUCCUUCUCCUUUUCCUUUUCCUACUCCUGCUCCUGCUUCUCCUCCUGCUCCUGCUCCUGCGCCUCCUCCUCCUCCUUUUGCUUCUUCUGCUUCUGCUUCUCCCUCUCCUUCUGUUGCUACUGCUCUUCCUGCUACUGCUCCUCCUCUGCCUCUGCUCCUCCUCCUCCUCCUAUGUGUUCUGAAAACUAAAAUCAUCUAA